CACGAGUAGACUGAAGCUACAGGCUGAAGCUACUGGCUGAGAAGAGCAGAUAAUUCGGCAGCAGGUUAUCAUCAUCGUCAACAUCAUCGUCACCAUGAAGAUGCUGACUGUGUGCGUACUUCUUUGUGCCAUGAUGGCUCUGGCUACAGCUCAAUCGGGUCCAGAAGAACAGACAGACCUGGUUAAGAGGACUUGUCGUUGUCCCUGUGGUUGGACAAGGAUCCGUGGCCGCUGUUUCCGCUACGUUCCAUACUGUAGGCGUUGGGCUGAUGCUGAGAAAUACUGCCACUAUCUGGGUGGAAAUCUUGCAUCGAUACAUAACUAUUGUGAGUACCGUGCAAUUCAGAGGUUGAUCGCGUGCACCAGUCGCAGCUGGUAUACAGUGGCAUGGAUCGGAGGCCAUGAUGCAGCCCAGGAGGGAACUUGGCUGUGGACUGAUGGUACCACAUUCAGGUAUCGGUACUGGUGUCGUGGAGAGCCCAACAAUGGCGCGUGUCGUGGUCAGCACUGCAUACAAAUGAAUUAUUCAGGUAACAGGUGCUGGGAUGACGACAACUGCCAGAAGAAAAAGCCAUUCGUCUGUGUCAGGAGACGCUGAUGAUUCCUGACAUAACGCUGCACAACAGCACAAACACUGGCAAAAGCAACUAUCUUUGUGCUGAUCAGUCUAAUAUGACGUAGAGGCUCUAUAUCUCAUAUCAUUUCAUAAAAUUAUUUUAUUUCUAUCGCUGUAACGCUACUGAAGGAACGAAGUGACAAGUGAUGUAAACAGCAGUUGGAUUUUCUCUCAGGCCUUGUGCCUUUAAUAAGAGCAGAUUGAAUGUGUUUUGUAAAGAAUGCUUUUAGCACCUUUUUCUUUCAAUUGAACAAGAGCUGCAACUAAUGUUUAUUUUCAUUAUCCAUUGAUCUGUCAAUUGUUUUAUAAAUUAAUCAAUUAGUCAUUUGCUCGAUUGAAUGCCAGAAAAUGGUGGAAAAUGUUUCUAGCGGGCAAAGAUACAUCCUCAAAUGAUUUGUUUGGUCCUGACUAACAAUAAACAACCCAAAGAUACCUAACCUUUGUUUUUUACUAUCAUAGAGGACAAAAAAAACAAAAUAUUCACAUUUAAGAAGCUGGAACCAAAGAAAUUGAGCAUUUUUCUUUAAAAAAAAAAAAAAAUCAGCAUUAUUGAAAUUGUUGGCUUGACUGAUUAAUGGACUAAAUGUUGCAGCUCUAGAUUGAACUGUUUUUUCUUGUCUCAUGCAAAAAUAAAAAGCUCAAGCAUUGAAACAAA